AAUUAAAAUAUUUUCAUCAGUUUCCAACUUGAAGGAUACCACAUAGGCAUGAGGUACCCAUAGGCUAACUAGAGGUGCUAACAUCUUUGGCACUAGUUGUAGUUGGAUAUUUGGAACACCAGCAGCAGACUGGAUUUUGGGUAUAGUGGUGCCGCCAGACUGAAACAAUGUCAAUUUAGUCUGAGUUUUGUCGAUGAUUCAUUCAUAUCUUACUGUAACAAGAACAAUCCUUCGACCAGAUUUGUUGUGCCUUUCACAGAAUUCUUUGAGUAAGGACCUAUUGUCUUCGAAGUCUGAUGGUGGUAGUUGGUGCGUCAUGGAGAGAGGUUAGGAUCUUAUGACGCUUUCGAUCCUAAAGAUCCUUACUUGGAUUUAAGGAUGGACAAUCCUGCGAACGAGUUGCUCAAUCUAGGUGUCCAAGAGCUCUACGACGUCGGUAGAUGGAUGAGGAAGCACUAUUCGCACUUUCUACCUCUAAAAUACGACGCCAACGACAUCUACGUCCAGUCCAUCGACUUCAACAGGUGUCUGAUGUCAGCCGAAGCGCUGUUGGCAGCCCUGUACCCACCAGUUGGCGAGGAAAGGUGGAACCGCAACCUCCUCUGGCAACCUGUCCCUAUCCACACCACCCUUGUCAGAAACGACAUCAUGCUACAGUGGACUGCCUGCCCCUACUACACUCUGAACUCCCGCAAGGCCUUGGCCCUUAAGUAUAAGAUAAAGAAAGAAAAUGCAAAGCUCUUCGAGUACCUCAGCAAGGAAACAGGAUCGGAAGUCGACCUACACAACAUCCUUCUCCUUUACAACGUCCUCAAAGGCGAGGAAAUGAUCCAUCUCCCGAUGCCCAUCUGGACCCGCGGCAUCAUCAAAGACAUCACCCCCCUGGUGGAGGUGGAGUUCCAGAUCAACUCCUUGGAUAAGGCGUUGAAAACGCUGAGAGCUGGCACGUUGGUCCACAGGAUGCUGAGGCAGUUCGAGAGGGCGGUGUCCGGCAGGUUGGGCGAGAAGGGCGACACCUUCAGGAAGUUCAUGCUGUACUCCACUGCGGACAUGCCCAUAUACUACCUGGCGGAUAGCCUAGGCGUGCGCAACCUAGGUUUGGUCACGUACGGCUUCAGCAUGUACUACGAGCUGAGGAGGGACGUGGUGGGCGAUCAUUACGUGGACGUCUUCUUCAGGAACUCGACGGACGUGGGGUCGGAGACGUACGAGGCUGAUGUGAGGGGUUACGAGGGUACGAUGAGGUACGAGGUUUUCAGGGAGUUGGCUGAGAAGUUUAGCAUCAGUCCAGAGGGGUGGUUGAGUCUGUGCGCCGACCUGACGGCCGGCAAUUCGACCAAGAGAUGAAUUCGUUAGGUUUAACGAAAGUUUGUGUCGUCUUUUUGUUUUAGUUUGUUUUUAUAAUUUUUUGUUGUAUCAACUGCUAGAAAAUGUUGAGUUGUAUUCGAUUCUUCCCUAAUUUAGAUAAAUUUGAUUAAUUUAUU